AUGAGUAAAGUUACUCACGCGUACGUUUGUUAUCUCGAUGAUAAUGAGAAAUUAAUAGUCAAAGUAUCAGAUAUUAAAGCCUUCAAACCUGAAAUAAAAAUUAAACAAGCAGAAGAUGAUGACAAUUCGACAAAACUCCGCCAGACGCGUAUCUCAUCCAGUGAGAGUGAUAGGUCAUCAGAUGAUGAAAAACCGUUAAAAAAAAGAAAGAAAGAUGACUCUCUGAAAAGUAACAAGUCAACUCUGAAAUUAUCUAAAGUUGAUACUAGCACUCCAAACAUUUCAUUAGAGUUUUCUAGUAAAAAAACUGUAGUCGAUGAGAUCUAUGAACAAAUUUAUGAACUCAAAAACCGAGUUGUAUCAUUAGAGAAUGAAAAUACAAUUAUUUUGUCAGAUGUAAGCAUUUUAAAGGAAGAGUUAAAUAAGGUUAAGCAAGAUUCUAUCAAAAACAAUCAUCGAAACGAUGGAUACUCCAGAAAACAGUCAGUUCUAGGUAACAAUGAAAAAAUCGAAAAUGAUUUAAUGGUGCUACCUGAAGAUCCUCGUUACAAUAAAACCCUGGGACUCUAUGAAACGAGCACACCUGAUUUGACUGAAUAUAAUACACCAGGUAUGUUUUACAAGGGUAAUAAAAUAAUAUCGAACGUUCAGUAAUUUAAAAUAAUCAUUCUAAUGAUAAGUUAUACUUUAGCGAAUAUCAUAUACAACUAAAAGUAAAAAAUAUUUAUUGCCGGUUGUUCAUAAUGUAGAGAUUGAAUCCUCUCCGAAAAUUACUGUUGAUGGAAGUUCAUCUUUAAAUAAUAACAAGUCACUGCUGCAGCCUUCGUACAAUCGUUACCAAAAAGUAAUGAUUGAUGACCCGAUAUCUGGAGGAAAAGUAUGUGAUUUUCGGUUUUCGUUUUAAAAAUUCAUGUUUACUUCAAAGUCCAAUUAUUGAUAUUGUUAUUACAGGUUGAAAAGAUCUAUUUAGAUAAAGAUAUUUUUAUUAGUUCUGAGAAUUGGGAUUCAAUACAGAAUCAAAAAGAUGAUUCUAAAUUUGUUAAAAAUCUCCCUAUCAAAAAAAUCCAUAUGGGAAUCCAGCCUAGAUUCCCACAUGGAUUCCCACAUGGCGUUUUC